AACCAGUGAAUUUAAAUGUAUAUGUUACAUGAGCAGAUGCAACAGACAGGGUAUGGACUUUCUGAUGAGAGGGAGGGGCGGGGCAGUUUAGUUAUACCUCCCCCUUAUCGUGCCCCACCUCUUGGGCCACUUGUACCGACUGCAUCCCCCCAACAACCGUCGGCACAACAAAACUACUUUUCAAGGCUUAAUAUGGGAGAUCCAAAUAUAAACACAGGAUCCCCAGUUGGGUAUAGGCAUACUAUAAACCAUGAACAUGGUUCUCAGGUGCAGAAUAACUUAAAGCAAAUGUUAAGUAUACCAAAGCAUCAGACUAUGGAUAAUCAAGCCCAGAACUCAGCUAUCCACAUGCUAAGGAUGCAGGGUCUACAGGGUGCCCAGCAGACAGGAGGAGGAGGAGAUGUAUUUGCAGGACCUGAUAACAUACGAAACACUGCCAGUAAAAUGUUCAUAAGAAAUAACAGUGAACGAUCAACUCCGGGAUACAAUGGAAAUUCUGGAUAUCAUAAUCAAUACCACCAGAAUCUGAAUGUAUCCCAGCACAGUUUGAAUAAAUCCCAUGUUCCCCAGCAGCUGAACCGAUCAUUAAAUAUGUCCUUGAACCAAUCAAUGGAAAUGGAUCAAAGACAAAUGCUUGGCCCAAGAGUCCUGACUGCAAGUCCUGACGAUCAAUUGAAAAGAAACUCUUAUGAAAACCAAAGCUUUAAAACCGCUAUGACGGGUCCGAAUAUGUCCAACCAACAAACCAAACAAGCCUCUCAAAACUGGAUUCCGCCGCCUGGUAAACAUCCGCCACAAGUUCCUCCCAAACCAAAUUCAAGGUCAGCCAGUAGGGAGAGAGCUAAAAAUAUCGAGUUAGAAAAUGAAAACCUUGAAACAGAACUUAAUAGCAUACUUGGAAACCAAGGGACCCAGGGAAACCAAGGGAACCCGGGGAAUCAGGGACACCUUGCAGAUAGAGAACAUGAGAAGAAAAACGGACAAGGAACCCCACCACUACCUCCUUUAUCCCCUUCGCAUUCACGCAGUCAUACUCCGGAAUCAUCACCUGCCUUUAGGGCAAAAAAUAAAAGUUCAUCACCGGGAAAACUUGCAAGACCAGAUCUUUUACUUACUGAUAAUCGGGAUAUGAUGAGAGUUGACACGACUAGAAGAAUCGUUACAAAUAAUAAUUUACGCUUGGAAAACACCAAAGGUAGACUAGAUCCCUCUGAAGAUUUGGCUUCAACUAUUACAGGAUUAGACAUAGAAAGUGUGAUAGCACUGCAGACUGAUCUAACCUCAGACGAGGAGUUAUCUACAACUUUAGAUCUUGGAGAUGCACAGGCUAUUCGGCGACAGCUUGAUGGAUUAGAGACUAUGUAUACAGAGGUCUUAAAGUUAUUAGGAUUAAGAAAGUUUGGUCGAACCCCUGCUGCCGGAGACAUGAACGGAGGACAACCUGGUCGUAGAAAGAUGUACGGUUCCAUGUCGUCGUUACCAAGUGUUAGUAGCAUAGGGAGUCGACACCUGUACAGUAAAGACAGGAGAAAGGAUGACCGGAAGAGUCGAACUGUUGGAAAAGAUAAAAAUUACAAUAAAAGAUUUCAACGCCUGGAGUCUCAUGUUGUAACUCUAGCUCGCUCUGUGGCACAUCUCUCAUCAGAAAUGCGAACCCAGCAUACUAUUUGUAAAGAAUUGGACGAAAUAAGGGCCGAACUUCAGCAGUUAAAGAUGUCCCGAGGUCAGCCAUCAACUUCUUUACCACAGGGUGGACUUCUGGAACCUCAAGAAUUUUUUAAUAAUCACCCCAGGGUGUCACAACAAACGGAGAACAGGGUAAAGAAACUGACCAAAUUUUUCGGCGAUGAGCCGCCGUUGCUUCGAUUGUAUUUGAAGAGUCUUGGUUACGAGAAGUAUGCUGGUUUAUUCGAGGAGGCUAAAAUAGGAAUGCUGGAACUACCUUAUUUGUCAGAAGACCGACUUGAAAAACUGGGUCUACCCCUAGGACCAAGAAUAAGGAUUCUACAGGAAGCCAAGAUUCCAUACAGUCUUGACGGACAGAACUAUAAUGUCUAUAUUCUAUAAUAAAUUAUUUACUUCACUCACAUAGUAAUGCAAUAGCCGCCGAUGUAUUCCAAAGUAUCUAUUUCGAAGAAUAUCAUGAAAUAGAUAACAGACCUAAAACUUUCUGUAAUUCCUGUUAUAUGCAUUAGAUCUAUUGAAUACCUGUAAUUAUUUGUAAUCAACAUUAAACAGAUUACAAGUCUUAUUUACCAGUAAUUUACUUCAAAUAAAUUACAGACCUGUAAUCACUGUAAUCCACAUUAAACAAAUUACAGACCUUUAAUCGUUUGUAAUCUACAUUAGAUAGAUUACAGACCUGUAAUCACUGUAAUCCACAUUAAACAAAUGACAGACCUUUAAUCGUUUGUAAUUUACAUUAGAUGGAUUACAGACCUGUAAUCACUGUAAUCCACAUUUAACAAAUUACAGACCUGUAAUCACUGUAACCUUCAUUUUAUAGAUUACAGACCUGUAAUCACUGUAAUCUACAAUAAAUACUACCCAGUCAAACAUGUUAUUAGUAAAAUACACUGUAUCAAUAUAAAACUAGUGCUG